UUUCACCGGAAACGUGGCUAGGAUAGCGGAAGUGUGGGCGGGGCUAGCUCUCUUUGGUCCUGGCGGCUGAAGGAAGAUGACGAAGGGAACAUCCUCCUUUGGCAAGCGCCGCAAUAAGACUCACACUUUGUGCCGUCGAUGUGGGUCUAAGGCCUACCAUCUUCAGAAAUCUACGUGUGGGAAAUGUGGAUAUCCUGCUAAACGGAAGAGAAAGUACAACUGGAGUGCUAAGGCCAAAAGGCGCAAUACUACUGGGACUGGACGUAUGAGGCAUCUGAAAAAGGUCUACAGGAGAUUCAGGAAUGGAUUCCGUGAAGGGACGGCACCAAAGCCUAAGAGAGCUGCUGUUGCAGCAUCCAGCUCAUCUUAAGGACUCAAACGCCUGUUUAAAAUAAAUGGUGUCAUCUAUGGAGGAAAAA